GCUAAUUAUGAGCCGAGCUAACAGAGACACAGUCAGAGCAGGACAGGAGAUCAUUUAGAGCCUUCACAUCCCAGAGAGCGUGCAGGAUGGGGACUUCUGGCAUGGAUCCCGACGGUCGCUCCUUUCUGGGGGACUCGGUUAACGACACAAACCCGGAGGACGACAGCGUCGUGAGCAACGACUUCUCCACCUCCCUGGGCGCGCUCAUCCUCAGCCUGGUCUUCGUGUUGGGCGUCCCCGGGAACCUUUUCAUCGUGUGGAGCAUCCUGGCCCGAAUCCGGAGGCGCUCGGUCACCACGCUGCUCAUCCUCAACCUGGCCUGCGCGGACGGCUUCAUCAUGGCCCUCACCAUCUUCUUCAUCGUCUACCUCGCCAAGCAGACCUGGGUCUUCGGGCACCCCAUGUGCAAAUGCCUCUUCUACCUGUGCAACGCCAACAUGUACGCCUCCAUCUUUCUCAUCACGCUGAUGAGCGUGCACCGGAUGGUGGUCAUGCUCUGGCCACAGAGGCUGUCCCAGCGGAUCACCAGGAAGACGGUGAGGUGGGUGAUCCUGGGCAUGUGGGGGCUGGUGAUGGUGAUCUCCGUCCCCUCGCUGGUGUUUCGGGACGUGAGAGAGGACAGCGAUGAGAAGAACAAGACGCGGCUGGUGUGUGCCCCCGAACACAGCCUGGCUCGAUAUGUGAGGUUUCAGUACGCCCUCGAGUCGGUGUGCGGAUUUAUCCUCCCCUACGCGGUCAUCAUCACCAGCUACGUGCUCAUCCUGAGGCGCCUGAGGCAGACCAAGUUCCGCCGAAAGGUGCGCAGCGAGAAACUCAUCCUGGCCAUCGUGGUGACCUUCGGCCUCUUCUGGCUGCCGUACCACGUAGUGAACAUGAUACAGGUGGCAGCAGAGUGGUAUCCAAUGGAUUCACCCACCAGAGAAAUUUUGGACCAUAUCCAGAAAUCCAGCCGCGCAGUGACUUCAGCCUUUGCUUUCAUCAGUAGCUGUGCCAAUCCCAUCCUCUACACAUUCGCAGGCAAGUCCUACAUCAAGAGAAACGGCUUCGCCUUCAUGGCCAAGCUCUUUGAAGGCACGUCUGAUCAAGCGGGGAACAAAAAGAGUCGGAUGAAGGGUAAAAACAGUAGCGGACAAAACGCUGAGUCAGUAAACACUUCCACACAAAACGGGACGGCUGAGGUUAGUUAAAGCAUCUGAGUGGACUUUGUACAC